CCGCCUUUCGUUCUGCCGGUUAGCCCGCCCGCCUUUCUUCCAUUCUUCUCCGAACACCUCCUCACCAGUUAACUGAAUCACCCAAACCACCCAUCCCCAUCUCCACCUCCCACCUCGGACCACCAUCUCCGUCUUCACCCAUGAUAUGUCCACUGAUCAUACUGCAGGCUUCCUCUAAAUCACUAGAGGAUUUUUCAUUACCAUGGCCAGUCCGAUUGCUCUCUCGAUAGCCCCUGGUCCGGGUCCAGCGCCGCUGGCUCCCGCACUGGCCGCCAAGCCAGCCAUCUCCCCGUCUCCUGGUCCGGGCACACCCGGCUCCGUCACCUCCAAGGAAUGGGUGAUUCCUCCUCGCCCCAAACCUGGUCGCAAGCCAGCCACAGAUACUCCUCCCACCAAACGCAAGGCCCAGAAUCGAGCCGCCCAGAGAGCGUUCCGCGAACGUCGAGCCGCCCGCGUCAACGAGCUCGAGGAUCAGAUUAAGAAAAUCGAAGAUGAGCACGAGAUACAUAUCGCUGCCUUCAAGGACCAGAUUGCAAGCCUGUCCAGCGAUGUCGAGCAUUGUCGAAAUGAGAUGGCUUGGUGGCGCGACCGAUGCCAUGCCUUGGAGAAGGAGGUUUCUGUCGAACGGAGUGCGAAGGAGACCCUGGUACGAGAGUUCCGGACAACUCUCACCGACAAGAGCUCCGACAAGGCUCCUCUGACCCGAAUUGCUGCGAGAAACCCUACCGAAGACCGAGCGGCCAGUGAUCGCGGGUUGCCGACCGGCAGAUCUGCUGCCGUGGUUGAAGAAUCACGGGAGGAGGUUCCGUUGGGCUGUGGAGAUUGCUCCUCUGUCCACUGUCAGUGUAUUGAAGAUGCUUUUGCCAUUCCUGGAGUCGAGACUCGGUCUUCGCUGGGCAAGCGGCCAGGCAGUCCUAGUCUGACACGACCCGAACCGGAGAUCAAACCGGAGCCCGAGGAAAUGGAGAUCGACUUCACCACGCGGUUCGCCGCACCGCACACUAUUCAAGACGACCAUAGCACUUCCGUCUCGUCGCCAGCUGUAGACCCCUGCGGGUUCUGCCAGGACGGAACACCGUGUAUCUGCGCCGAGAUGGCGGCCCAGGAGGAAGAGCGUCGGAGGAACUCAUUUGAGAACAAUCGACUGGCGCCCAUUCAGAACCUGUCUCAAUUCACACCACCCCCAUCAGAAGGCGACGUUCGGUCCGACGUCACGCUACCCCCAAUCAGCCAAGCCACAAAUCCGUGUGCCAAUGGGCCGGGAACAUGCGCUCAAUGUCAGUCCGAUCCACGCCGGACCCUUUUUUGCAAGACGCUGGCGGCCUCCCGCUCCGCCAGCGCUGCCUCCUCCGGUUGCUGCGGCGGUAAGGGCGCCGAUGGCGGGUGCUGCAUGUCUCGCGGUGGCAACCCUCCCCAGCCCGCUGCCAGUUCGCGUCGCUCCAACACUCCCUCCCUAACCCUCUCCUGUGCCGAUGCCUUUACCACCCUCUCCCGGCAUCCUAAUUUCUCUCGAGCAAGUGACGACAUCUCCGCCUGGCUUCCCAAACUCCACACCCUCCCCAAACCCCAAGAGGUAGCUCCGCCCGGCUCCCGAGCGGCCCUCGAAGUCGAGGCUGCCAGCGUCAUGGGCGUCUUGCGAUACUUUGAUCGACGGUUCGCCGAUAAAUAGAUGACGGGCGAACCUUCUCUCUUCACUUGUCUGCACUUGUCUUUUAUUCUCAGUGAUACCCAACACCCGAUUCAUGAACGUUUGAGUUUGUAUUAUACAAGACUAUACACUCCUGAACCCCAUCCCCCCUCUCUG